AUGUCGCAUACCCGAGGAACAGAACUCGACCCUCUCGUCGACCGAUUCCAGCACUUGACCUCCAAAGCACGACCAAAUGAAGCUCUGACCAUCCUCAAGCGCGUUGCCUCCCUGGUCAAGCCCAUCAUGCGCGUUCGUGGCUGGCGGGUCGGCAUCCUGGCGGAGUUCUACCCCGACGAGCAUGCCUUGCUCGGUCUCAAUACCAACCGCGGCGAGGCCAUCCACCUGAGACUCCGCUAUCCGUCGGACGACAGACAGUUCCUGCCCUUCGAGAACAUCGUGGACACCAUGCUGCACGAGCUAUCCCACAUUGUGCACGGCCCGCAUGACCAAGCCUUCCACGCCCUGUGGGACAAACUGCGAGACGAGCACGAGGCCCUGCUGAGAAAGGGCUACACGGGCGAAGGAUUCCUGGGCAAAGGCAACCGCCUCGGAGGGAGAGGCAUCCCUCGAUCUGAACUCCAACGGCAGGCCCGCGCGGCGGCUGAGCGGCGCGGCCGGAAUGCCAUCCUAGCCCAGGGAAGCGGCAGCAAACUCGGCGGGAAGGGGAUCCUGCGCGGCCAAGAUGCACGUGAGAUCAUCGCCGCCGCGGCUGAGCGACGGAACCGCGUGAACCGGGGCUGUGGUAGCACGGUGCCGGAUAUGGGGAAGAAGCUCGCGCAAGAACAAGCCAUCAAGAAGGAAAAGGUCGCCACCACGCAGGCGGAGAAGGCGGACGAAGACGAGGCAGCCCUCAUGCAAGCCUAUAUCGAGAUCAUCCAGGAAGAGGAAGCUCAGAAGUUCGGUGCGGGCUACGUUCCACCGAGCCAGGAUAACCCUACAGGUGGCUAUGAACAGGGAAACACCGUCCAACCACCCACAGACCUGAGGAAACUACGCGAGGAACAGCUCGAAAUCGAACGACAGUUGAGAGAGAACCCCGGAUCACCCACCUCGACAACAGAGUACGAGCCAGGAUCAAAACCGAAACCCGAGCCAGCAUCGAAGCCCGCUCCCGCAACACCCCCACCAGCACGUCUCCCCCACGAAGAACAAACCUGGACAUGCGAAAUCUGCACGCUCAUAAAUCCCAUCACAUAUCUCCUCUGCGGCGCCUGCGAGACCGAGCGUCCACCAUGGUUCAAUCCACCUUCUCCCUCUCCUGUCCCUUCAUCCACAUCCAACAACACCCGCAGCACCAAAUCCUCAAAACCUCAGCCUCACAACCUCCUAGCCUCUCGCAACGCAGCAGAUAACAUCGCGCGCUUCGAGAGUGCGGCCAGGCAAAAAGCCCAGAUAAACCCAGUAGGCUGGACGUGUGGGCAGUGCGGCAACUGGAUGGAGAGUCAGUGGUGGACCUGCAGCAUGUGUGGGAAGAUGAAGCCCAGUUCAUGA